CGUGAGCCAGGAGUGGCGUGGCGGCCCCUGGACACAGCUUUCCCCAAGUACUGGAAGAGGCUAAUACCAGGUCCAGAAAUGCCCUUGGUGUGUUUGAGAGACUUUGAGGCCCAUGCACGGGAGCAGCUGUCUAAGUCAACUUGGGAUUUUAUUGAAGGAGGAGCUGAUGAGUGCCUCACGCGGGAUGACAACAUCGCAGCAUUUAAAAAAAUCCGCCUCCGUCCCCGGUACCUGAAAGAUGUGUCAAAGGUGGACACGCGGACAACAAUCCAAGGGGAGGAGAUCAGCACCCCCAUUUGCAUCGCACCCAUGGGUUUCCACUGCCUUGCCUGGCCUGAUGGAGAAAUGAGCACAGCCAGAGCUGCGCAAGCAGCCGGUAUCUGUUACAUCACCAGCACGUAUGCCAGCUGUAGCCUUGAAGACAUUGUUGCCACUGCCCCCGGGGGCCUGCGAUGGUUCCAACUGUAUGUGCACCCAAACAGGCAGCUAAACAAACAGCUGAUCCAAAAGGUAGAAUCCCUGGGUUUCAAAGCUCUGGUAAUCACUGUGGAUGUACCCAAAAUUGGCAACAGACGACACAACAUUACAAACCAAGUGGACUUGAUGAAGAACUUACUGCUAAAAGAUCUCGGCUCACCUGAGAAGGGAAAUUUAAUGCCUUAUCUCCAGAUGUCCCCCAUCGACUCAUCCAUCUGCUGGGAUGAUCUCUCCUGGUUUCAGAGCAUGACUCGAUUGCCCAUCAUCCUUAAGGGGAUCUUGACCAAAGAGGAUGCAGAGUUAGCUGUGAAGCACAAUGUCCAUGGCAUCAUUGUUUCCAACCAUGGUGGGAGGCAGCUUGAUGAGGUUCCUGCUUCUAUCGAUGCCUUGACAGAAGUGGUGGCUUCUGUGAAAGGGAAAAUUGAAGUGUACCUGGAUGGUGGCAUCCGAACCGGCAAUGAUGUGCUGAAAGCUCUGGCCCUCGGGGCUAAAUGCGUUUUCCUGGGGAGACCCAUCCUAUGGGGUCUUGCCUACAAGGGUGAACAUGGUGUUGAGGAAGUUUUGAACAUUUUAAAAAACGAAUUCCACACUUCCAUGACCCUGACAGGCUGCCGGUCGGUUGCUGAGAUCAGUCGGGACCUGAUCCAGUUCUCCAGGAUGUAGAGAAAGAGAGUGAAGGGACUGACUGCUGAGUUCGCCCACAGGAAGAAGACAAAAUCUUAAUAGGGUGUGUGAUGCCAUCCUGCCUCGGUCCCAUCCUGUCCACAGGCUCAUCCCCUGCAUCCUCAACCACUCCACCCCAAAUCCCUCAUAUUCCUCAAAUGUGCCGAUGCUCUUCUUUGCCUCACUGCCUUGUAUAUGCUGUUCU